AUGGGAACAAAAGGUUGUGUCUUCCGGGAAGCUCAGAUUGAAAUGGGUUUUAGGGAUGGAGGAUUAUUGCAAUUUCCAAAAAAAGUGAAGGAAACACUCCGGUCUAUAUCUACAAAAGCACUAGCACCGUUGACUAUUAGUGUCUUGAAUUUUGAUGCAUACAAUGGGAAGUUCGAGAAGAUACAUAAAGACUUUUCCCAGGAAUGGGGAAACGUAUGUUCUAUAUAUGACGAGAAUUCCUUUAAAAUGGAUCUUAGUAAUCUCGAUACACUUUAUAUGAGACAAUUGCAACUUUUCCAAAAGGUGAAGGUUGAACAAGGGUCUAUUGAUUUCAAUUCAUUUUAUGAGAGGUUAGCUCCCAUUUUUCACAAAACUCCACAACAGUCAUCCCAUAAAGUCUCCUCUCAGCCUUGGGAACCCAAAGACUUUUAUUAUCCUUUGGCAGCAAAGGCAGCUACUAUUAGUGUCUUGAAUUUUGGAGCAUCAAACUUUGGUUUCGAUGCAUUCUAUAAGAAGCUACACAAACAAGACUCUUAUCAGAGUGGAGACUACCGGAUUAAGCAUGGGAAUUGUCGGAUGACAAGGUCAUAUAGAAACGUCCAACCAAUUGUAGCAAAAGCAUCCAACAGAGAAUAUAAUUGCAUGCCAAAAGUUAUGACAACCAUUGCAACAACUGCCAUUGCAGCUAGCCUGAAAAAUCAACCAAUGCUCCGAGAGAUACUAAUGAGGGUGGCAAUGUCCAUGGCAUCCGAGUUUAUGGCAGCAGUUAUGAGAGUCAUUGCACAAGAUCUGAUAAGUCAGACCAAGCUCCAAAAGUUACUCAUGAUGGGGGCAAUAACCAGGGUUAUUAAUUUCCCAUUAGGUAUGUGUCGAGAACACAACAAUCGCGUACCUGCUUGGCUUACACCUGUUCUUGUAGCCAUUCCAUAUAUAUCCAUCACCGUUAAUGCUAUUCUGAUGCCAAAAGCCACCGCGCCAUAUACACUUGCCGCCACCGUUUUGGGACUAUAUCUUGGAUGUAUGGCUGAGGAGUAG